AUGGGUAACGAGAGUGAGGAAGAGGCAGAAUUGAUGAGAAGAAACAAGAUGUUGAUGGAAGCUAUGACUGCUCAGCUUAAUAAGACUAUGUUGGAGAGCAUGAAUGAGAUGAUGAAACAAAACAUGGAAGAAAUCAGAAGGGAGAUUAGACAAGCUACUGGUCAAGGUCACAGCAAUGAGAGCAGGAGGAACCGCCACACUCAUACUCCGCAAGAGCAUGGUGGUUCACAAGAGACUGAUAACUACUAUGAGCGCCACCGAAGUGAGAGGAGUGGUUCUUCCUCAGCAUCACGAGGUAGUAGAAGGAGAACUCGUCGUGAUCAUGAUGAAAGAAGACCUUACCGUGAUGAGCUUUCUGGUUUGAAGCUUAAGAUCCCUCCCUUCCAUGGCAAAGUUGACCCUGAUGCGUAUAUUGAAUGGGAGAAGAAGAUCGAGAUUGUAUUCAACUGCAAGCACUACACCAAUUUUCAGAGGAUUCAAUUUGCUGCAACUGAGUUCUAUGAUUAUGCUCUGAGUUGGUGGGAUCAACUGGUGACUACUAGGAGGAUAAAUCAAGAGUACCCGGUUGAGACUUGGCAAGAGAUGAAGUCUCUUAUGCGCAAAAGGUUUGUGCCUAACCACUACCACAGGGAUCUUCAUCAGAAAUUGAGGAAACUUACACAAGGAUCCAAGACUGUGGAAGAGUACUACCAGGAGAUGGAGUUGCUGAUGUUGAGAGCUGGUAUAUCUGAGGACAGAGAAGCUUCUAUGGCCCGGUUUCUUGGAGGACUUAACCGCGAGAUUCAAGACAGUGUAGAGAUGCAACACUACAUUGAGAUAGAAGAGAUGUUGCACAAAGCUAUCCUGGUGGAGCAACAGAUUAAGAGGAAGCAUCACUCGCGAGGCAACUAUGGGUCCAGCAAGUAUCAGUACACUAAAGAAGAGAAACCAUCCCAUAUGAGAGAUAGCAAGCCUCAGCCGAAAGAAGAACCCAAGUCUAGCAUCCCAUACAGCAAAGAGAAAAGCAAGGCGGAAGCUACAAGCUCUAGAACUAGAGAUGUGAAGUGUUUCAAGUGUCAAGGCAGAGGACACUAUGCCAAUGAGUGCACCAACAAGAAAGUGAUGAUUCUACUUGAGAAUGGAGAGUAUGAAUCAGAAGAAGAGCACUCCGGAUCUGAUCAAGACAGGUCUGAUGAAGGAAGUGAAGUAGAACCCGUGAAAGGAAGAUUGUUGGUGACAAGAAGACUUUUGAACUUGCAAACUAAGGCUGAAGAGACUGAUGAGACCAUGGUGAAGAAAUUGGGUUUGAAAGUUCAGAAACAUCCUAGACCUUACAGGCUGCAAUGGCUCAAUGAAGAAGGUGAGAUGAGGGUCUCCAAUCAAGUGCUGAUCCCUAUAGCCAUUGGUAGAUAUGAAGAUGAGAUCUUGUGUGAUAUAUUACCAAUGGAAGCUAGCCAUAUCCUUCUUGGUAGACCUUGGCAGUUUGAUAGGCGAGUGGUUCAUGAUGGUUUCAGUAACAAGCACUCUUUUGAGUUUAAUGGAAAGAAGACAGUGCUGGUACCUUUGUCACCUAAAGAAGUUCAAGCAGAUCAGCUCCAGCUUCAGAAAAAGAAAGAGAUCGACCUGAAGCCUGAUCAGAAACAUCACAAGUAUGAGUCCAUGUGCUGUUCCAGUUCUCCUUGUGCCCAAGAAAGAUGGAGCUGGCGCAUGUGUGUUGAUUGCAGAGCCAUCAACAACAUAACAGUGAAGUAUCGCCACCCUAUUCCUAGAUUAGAUGAUAUGCUUGAUGAAUUGCAUGGCUCUAGUAUCUUUUCUAAGAUAGACCUUAAGAGUGGGUAUCAUCAAAUUAGGAUGAAAGAGGGAGAUGAGUGGAAAACCGCUUUCAAGACUAAGCAUGGUUUGUAUGAGUGGUUGGUGAUGCCUUUUGGCUUAACCAAUGCUCCUAGUACCUUUAUGAGAUUGAUGAAUCAUGUGCUUAGAUCUUUUAUAGGAGUGUUUGUGGUAGUUUACUUUGAUGAUAUCCUAGUUUACUCCAAGAGUUUAGAAGAGCAUAUAGUUCAUGUUAGGACUGUUCUUGAUGUUUUGAGAAAAGAAAAGCUCUUUGCUAAUCUUAAGAAAUGCACUUUCUGUACGGAUAACUUGGUCUUCCUAGGCUUUGUUGUGAGUGCAGAUGGAGUAAAGGUGGAUCAAGAGAAGGUGAAAGCCAUACAAGAGUGGCCGAGUCCUAAAACCAUAAAUGAAAAAGAUGUAGGAUUCAAGUGGGGAGAAGCACAAGAAACCUCCUUUCAAACCCUCAAAGAGAAGCUUACUAACUCUCCUCUCCUUAUACUUCCUGAUUUCUCUAAAACCUUUGAGAUUGAAUGUGAUGCCUCAGGAAUUGGUAUUGGUGCUGUGUUGAUGCAGGAUAGAAGGCCCAUUGCGUACUUCAGUGAGAAACUAAGUGGAGCUACUCUCAACUAUGCCACUUAUGACAAAGAACUAUACGCCUUGGUGAGAGCUCUACAGACUUGGCAGCACUAUCUAUGGCCAAAGGAGUUUGUCAUUCACACCGACCAUGAGUCUCUCAAGUAUCUCAAGGGGCAAAGCAAACUCAGCAAGAGACACGCCAGAUGGGUAGAAUUCAUUGAAACCUUCCCUUAUGUGAUCAAAUACAAACAAGAUUUGUUUGUCAGGGAAUCCCAUGGAGGAAGCUUAAUGGGACACUCUGCAUCUAAGUAUUCUCCAUUUGAAAUUGUUUAUGGGUUCAAUCCCAUCUCUCCUUUGGAUCUUAUGCCUUUACCUGAGUGUGCUAGGGUCAGUAUGGAUGGGAAAAAGAAAGCAGAGAUGGUGCAGCAGAUUCAUGAGAAGGCUAGAAAGAACAUUAUUGAAAAGACAAAGCAGUACACUAAGAGAGCAAACAAGGGCAGGCGUGAGAUGAUCUUUGAAGUAGGUGACAUGGUGUGGGUUCACUUGCGCAAGGAGAGGUUUCCCAAAGAAAGAAAGUCUAAGCUGAUGCCGAGGAUAGAUGGUCCUUUUGAGAUCAUCCAGAGAAUCAAUGACAAUGCUUACAAGCUUGAUCUUCAAGAUGAGCCAGAUUUGAGGACAAAUCCUUUUCAAGAGGGAGGGGAUGAUAUGAUCAUGGACCAGUCAAGCAAAGAAGAUAAGGAGAUCAUGGAGGAACCAGCUGAUGAAGAUGCUCUCACCAUGCCUAAAGGUCCCAUGACUCGAGCCAGAAGCAAGCAACUCAAAGAAGCCAUUGGAGGCUUAAAGAAAUUUGGGAAUGUCUCAAACUUGAGCCGAGUGUUUGAGCUUAAGAGAGCUAUCAACACACUCGUGCAAGAAGAUGUGGAACUUACCAAGGAUAUGGGGAAGUUCAAGUCGAUGUGGUCUGAGUUAGAAAGCUUGAGGCCAAGUACCACUGAUCAAGAAGUGCUCAUGGAAAGAAGAGAGCAGGAUCAAGUGUUCGGAUUGCUGAUGACACUCAACCCAUGCUACAAAGAUGUCAUCAAGCAUAUACUGAGGUCGCCAAGCUUACCAUCAAUGGAGGAAGUAAUGGCACAACUCCAGAAAGAAGAGGGAUCACUUGGUCUGUUUGGAGGCAAGGGGGAGCUAAGUAUAGCUCAUCAGGCCGAGGAGAUGCAAGCUAACAAGGCUGGCUAUGGAGGUGAAGACAGGAGGCCAAGAGAGAGGUUCUCGGGAAGCUGUGAUCAUUGCAAGAGACAAGGCCAUAAGAAGAGUCAGUGCUGGGUGUUGCAUCCCCAUCUCAAGCCGGCCAAGUUCAACAAGGAUAGAGAAGCAAGAGCUCAUCUCUCUACUGAAGCGAGUGGAGCUGGUUCAAGUGCACAAGUAGGUGAAAGUGAAGGAAAAGCACUUGCCUCUCAUCACUCGGGAGGAAAGGGUAUUGAUCAAGAUGUGAUCAAGAAGUCUGACAUUGAGGCUCUCAUCCGAGCACUCAAGGAGUCUGGUAACAAGCUUGGAAACACUCUUGGAUACUCUUACACUGCUUAUAGAAUGUCUAGUGAUACUGAUAGGUUGCUAGACUUGAUCAAAAGCUCUUACCCUGAGCAUAGCAGUGUGCAUUGUUCUGAUAAAUGUGAUAGUAAACUCAUUAGAGAGAUUGUUCCUGCUCAGGGUCAUGUCAUGAUAGCUAAUGGUGAUCGGAUUCCCAUUAGAGGGAUUGGAAAGCUUAGGUUGUUUGAUAAAGAGUCUAAUGCUUUCUUCAUGCCUGAGUUUACUUCAAAUCUUUUAUCUGGAGGAAGCAACUACUUGCUGUGGUCUAGGCUGGUGAAGACAGCUAUUGGAAGACUAGGGCUUUGGAGUCACAUCACGGAUGAAGCUCAAACAAAGCCAGUGGUCAAGGAAGAUGAAGAUGAGAAAGAAAAGGAGAAAGCUUUGGCUGAGUUCAAGCGGUGGGUGAAAGAUGAUCUUAUGGUGCUAUCCGUGCUUCAGGGAUCUCUUGAGCUGCAUCUCCUUGAAGCCUACAGCUACUGCGAGACUCCUAAGCAUCUAUGGGAGGUGCUUCAAAAGACUUAUGGUAACAAAACCAACUUAAGUCGUGUGUUUGAGUUGAAGGGAGCUAUCAAUGCUCUUGUUCAAGAUGGUGAGGAGUUCGCCAAGCACUUGGGGAAGUUCAGAGCUCUUUGGAACGAGCUGGAGGGCUUAAGACCCAACACUACUGAUCAAGAUACACUCGCGGAGAGAAGAGAGCAAGAUCAAGUGUUCGGGCUUAUGAUGACAUUGGAUCCGGCCUAUAAGGAUGUGAUAGCACACAUCUUGAGGUCUACUACACUGCCAUCCAUGGAAGAGGUGUGCGCGCAGCUACAGAAGGAGGAGGGAUCUAUUGGUCUCUUUGGAGGGAAGAAGGAUCUUUCCUUAGCACACAAGGCUGAAGAAGUACAAGCUAACAAGGCUAUGUACAAGGGUGGAGAUAGAAAGUAUGGUGAGAGGUUGCUAGACAUGAUUGAGCAUGCAUAUAGUACUGAAAAAGCCUUGAAUGCUUCUGAUAAGUUGCUAGAUGUUAUUGAAAGCUUGCGGAAUAGAAAUGAUCAUCCUAGGACUCAUAUUGCUCAAAACAUGCAUAAGCCUUUGAUUAUUGAUUCUGGUGCAUCUCAUCACAUGAUAAGUGAUUGUAAGCUCAUUAAGGAUUUAGAACCGGCUCAAGGGCAUCUGGAGGUCAAGGAGAUCAAAGUUCAGGCAGUGGUCAUGAUCAAGUUGAGAUGGGAGAAGGAAAUGAAAGUCAGUCUGAGCAAGAGGAUCAGACUCAACAAGAAGAAACGAGUGGAGUUCAAGAGGUACAAUCCGAACCAGUGCAAGAAGUUCAACAAGUACCUGUCUUAA